AAAUGAUUUUUUAAAUAAAUUGUGGGUUUUUCUCGUUUUCAAUAAAGAAAAUGAAUAUUACAUAGCCCAGCUUUUUUUACUAGCCAGUUUUCAACUGUGACUUGCUAAACCAGGCGUUCAGGCUACUAUGUAAAAAGACAAGAAGAAUUUAUUUACAAGUUGUUUAUAUAUUUCCUUGGGUUGUUCUUUGAUUGAAAAUAGUUCAAUUAUGAUUAAUUCAACAUAAUUUAGAUAAAAUUUAUUUCAAACAAAGUAUUGCUAAGGAAGUGAAUAUUGAGCUUGUUUUUUUACGAACCAUAACAUAACUUAAUGGGACUUGCUAAAUUCCAGAUGUUUAGGCAAUAAUAUGUAAACAGAACUUAUUUAUAAGUUUCUCUUCAAAUAUUUAUUAUUAAUUUGAUAUAAUCGAGACAUGGAUUUAGAGCAAAAAGCUGUAAAGAAAGAAAUUGACAUCCAAAAGGAUUUUAUUUGGAAUAUGAAUGUCAAACAAGAAUUGAGUGAUGGAGUACCUAUGACUGAUUCUCAUAAUGUGAAUACUUAUAGUACGUAUAAUAUUAAGCAAGAAAUUAAUGGAGAUCUAAACACAGUCAAAACUGAUAUGGACAGCUUUCAUUAUGUUAAUGUACCAUAUGUUCAAAACAAAUUGAAAUAUGGAAGGCGUAUCAAAUUUAAUGGACUACACCUAAACUCAAAUUCUGUUAUUGGGAUUGAGAUCUGUGGGUUUUGUGGUAAUUUAUAUACAAAACGAAUAGAAUUGCGUUACCACUUUAUUACAAAUCAUUGUAUGGAACACAAGAAAUUCCUGUAUGAAAAGAAAUUUUACCAGAAAAACAAAAGGCAAAAGAAUCUUGCCAUUCAUAGAAAACUUGAUGAAGAUGUGAAAAAUGAAAUAGAAAUAGAUGAACACAAUUUGAAAAUGGAAUUGCAAGAAAAGAGUUCCACUAAAAAUUCAGGGUUAGAAAUAAAAAGUGUCUUUAACAGACAUUUACGUAAACGCUUUAGAGAGAAACAAUUCAACUGUGAAAUUUGUUUAAAAAGGUUUUCACAUAAAGGUAGUUUGAAGAUACAUUCUCGUAUUCACACAGGAGAAAAACCAUUCAAAUGUGGCAUUUGUUCAAAAUAUUUUUCACAGAAAAUUCAUUUGAAUGAUCAUUUGCGUAGUCACACUGGAGAAAAGCCGUUCAAAUGUGACAUUUGUUUGAAAACUUUUUCACUGAAAAAUAAUUUGAAUAGACAUUUGCGUAGUCACACAGGAGAAAAACCGUUUAAUUGCGAAAUUUGCACUAAAACCUUUUCUCAAAAAAGUAGUGUGAAUAUACAUUUGCGUAUUCACACAGGAGAAAAGCCAUACAAAUGUGAAUUUUGCUUGAAAACUUUUUCAUUGAAAAAUAAUUUGAUAACUCAUGAGCGUAAUCAUACAGGAGAAAAACCAUUCAAAUGCAAAAUCUGUUCAAAAACGUUUUCGCAUAAAAGUAGUUUGAAUACACAUUCACGAAGUCACACAGGUGAAAAGUCAUUUAAAUGUGAAAUCUGUUCUAAAACCUUUUCACUGAAAAAUAAUUUGAAUACACAUUUACGUAAUCACACGGGAGAGAAGCCAUUCAAAUGCGACAUUUGCUUCAAAACUUUUUCACUAAAACAUAAUUUAAUUACACAUGUGCGCAGUCAUACAAGAAUAAAGCCAUUUAUAUAUGACGUUUGCACUAAAAAAUAAUUUCAAUAUACAUUUGCGCUGUCACGCAUAAAAAAGUGAUUCAAAAAUCUUAAUUAUGAAAUCAAAAAACAAGUAAUUAUAUUCUCAAACUUCUCAAUAAUUCGUCAAAUAACUGAUAUAAGGUAUUUCCAUAAAACAAAAGUUUGCUGCAUCAGUAAGAGGGGAGGUGAAUAUCUCAUUUUAUCUGAUUUGAGUAAAAUUGACAGAGUUCAAAUUAUCUGACAUUUUUUACAUACACACCAUUCAGACUAUAUUUCUUCAUUAAAUUUGUAUUGAUUUUCUAAUUUUAUUUUGAUUGUAAUUUUUGUGAUAUUUUUUCCAUAAAUUAUCAAUUUUUAAUAUUAUGGUUAUAUGUCUUCUUCUUUUUUUGUUUUUAUUAGAACUACUUUUAAACCAUAUAACUUUUUUCGCGUUUAAGUUCUCAUUAACUUAAUACUGAAUUUAGAAAUAAAAGAAGAAAUAGUUUCACAAUUCAUUAUUUAUUUACUUAUAUUCUUCACUCAAAUAACAUUAUAAAAUCUAAUAAAGACGAAAUGAAUGUGAAGCAAAAAGUUGUUAAGGAAGAAGUCUAUAUCCAAACAAUUUUUGAUCAAAAUUGUUAUUAAGUGGUAGUUUGAUUAGUUAAUCUUUGACUGUUAAACUAUCAUCAGUUGUCAACAAAUUCUAGCUUUCUUCAGAUGUAUGUCAACUAUCAGUUCUUCUCCCUAACGAGAUUUUCUUAAGUGAAUUGUUCUUGUGAUUUUUUUUAUUGUUUUGGGGUAGGCGGACUGGAAAUAUUUAAUUUUGUUUUGCACCAGAUCUACUUGCAUGAUAUAUUCUUUUGCUAGUAUAGUUUCUUUUUACCUAUUCGUGCAUUAUAGUCCUUCAACCUUCACCUGAUAACUUCCUCAACUAAAAUUUGAUAAAUGCAUCUAACAUUCUGACCAUUUUCUCUACCCCAUUUUGCUCCAGGAACAGUAUUAUUCAACUGAAGAAAUGGUUCUAAUUUUCCUUGUAGGACUGAUAAAAAACGGAAAAAACCUAAACUCAAAUACUAUUGCUGGUAUUAUGAUGUGUGGUUUUUGUGGAAACUUAUACACAAAACAAAUAGAAUUCCUUAAUCAUUUUCUGUAAGUCCUUGUAUGAAUCAGCAGAAAUUACCAUACAAAAUCAAAUUGUGUCCAAAAAAUAGAAAUUGUAGAAAAAAGCAAAUAAUUAACUUUCCCAUUUCCAAAAAUCUCAAUGUAAACGUGAAAAAUGAUUUUGAAAUAGUUAAAGAAUCAGAAUUGUCAGAUAUGAAAUUCAUUGAUAGUUUUAAAUCAAAUAUAAAUGAAGGUCAGAAAUGGAAAAAAAUUGUUUUAAAUAAGCAUUUACUUGAUAAUAAGGGAGAAAAUUCGUUUAAAUGUGCCAUUUGAGUUGAUUAGUCACACAAGAGAAAAACCAUUCAAAUGUGACAUUUGUUCAAAAACUUUCUUACUGGAAAAUAAUUUGAAUACUCAUUUGUGUAGUUAUGUAGGACAAAAAUCAUUUAAAUGUAACAUUUGUUUUCACACUGGAAACUAAUUUAAAUAGGCAUUCGAGAGAUAUUUAAAUAUAUAUUUUAUAUUUUUUCCACAAAAAGUUCGAAUGCACAAGCAAAGUAAAAAUUAUAUGUUUGUAACUACUAAAAUAUUCGAUUAGAAAAAUGUAAUUAUAUAACAAAAAAAUCUACUUGUAGUAUAAAUUGCAUUAUAAAUACCAUGUAUGUUACAAAAAUAAACAAUUCCAAUAUGUCAUUGCCUUUCUUGCAUAUAUAAUAUAAAUAUAUGUUCUGU